AUGAUAAUUCAUUUAAUUAUUGCAUCUCCUUUCAUUGCAAUCUUCAACUCUACUAUUUUUAAUAAUAUCUCUUUGCUUGUUAAACUGUUUACUUGGAAGUUGUGAGGAUUUGGAUUUUCUUCCGAGAAUAGGUGUAGUAGGAAAGAAUCUUGAUUGGAAAUUCUAUAUUUGGAUAAAUGCGAGAGAAAGGAAAGCAUUUGAGAUAAGAUGGCGGAUUCUGUGGGUAAGUGCGUUGUUGAUUCACGAUGCAUAUGUGCCCUAUUGUACCUUAUUCUGCCCAACAAUACUGCAAAGUGUGUCGAGUGUUUCGAUUGUUCCAUUCUAACGCAACCCAAAAUGCCAGACCGAGUAUUCGUCCACGCGCUCAACACUGUAAAGAAGAUACCCAAAACCGGAGCAUCGCGCCCCCCUCCGGCAGAUCGAUUGCGUCUCUAUGGAUUAUACAAGCAGGCUAUGGAGGGAGACGUGGAUGGUGUCAUGAUGCGGCCAAGUUCGAGAGGUGAGGAGGAAGAUGGUGAAGGGGAAUUGCAGGGAGAAGAGCUAAAGAGAGAAAGAGACAAAUGGGAUGCGUGGGAUGCACAGAGAGGAGUCAGUAGGACUGAGGCCAAGAGGAGGUAUAUUGAAGCAUUAAUUGAUACUAUGCAUAAGUAUGCUAGUACUACUGCGUAAGUCAUGGAUCUUGGCUUGGGAGCUCGGUCUGCGGCGGUGAUAAAUAAGCUAAUUUCACAUUUGGCGAUGCAGAGAUGCAAGAGAAUUGGUUGCAGAAUUAGAAUUCGUUUGGGAUCAAAUAAAGAACAAUAGUCCAUCGUCUACGGGAUCUUCGCAUGGUCCGCAUGGUCGGCGUGUGCCAUCUUACACGACUCAACCGAGACAAUUUCAACCACCCGUAUCAGGGACAGAAGGUGGAAUGAGAGUACUGAGCCCAAUGAGCCAGGACGAUGAGGCCGAGAGGGAAUCUAAGAGAAGGGUGGGAUAUAAUGGUGAAGAUGAAGAUGAAUUCACGGAUGGUAAAAAUAAUAAGACAAAAUGGAGGAGGAACGUGGAACAGGUGCUGGUGAAAAUGACGGCGGAGAUUGCAGCAUUGAGAGAGCAGAUUGCCACGGGAAGGGAAUAUCAGGGCAAGAAAUCAAGAUCUCCGAGGAAAUGGCUGGCUUGGUUUAUAUGGAUUGCCAUCAAGCAUUUCUUGGUGGAUAUGGCGCUAUUGGGCUUCAUUCUGCUGUGGAUGAGACGGAAGAAAGAUAGGAGAGUGGAGGAUCUUGUAAGAGAGGGAUUGAGGAUCGGGAGGGAAUACGUGAGGAAAGUUUUACCUUCUCGGUGACAUCACUUUCUAUCAUCGAACAUACAGCACAUAGCAGUGACGAAGAGCCAGCACAAUACCCGGACGUUCUACAAACAUCGAUCGACAAACCAUUCACAGAAUUGAUGACUUCAACACGCAGGAUAUGGAUGCAUUAUACCCAACACAUUAUACCCAAUCUAACUAUCACAAUCAUCUACCAACUCGAUCUUCUGACAGGCUCCUUUAUGAAGGCAUUUUAUCGAUCUGGGCAGCACCAGGAAUAGCAGAAACCCACUUUACCCUUCCUCCGGCAUACAGCUCGCCCUUGGGAACAUUCUCAUCUGCCCAAUUCUUAUCGUCCAAAACACCAGCUUUGAGAAUAACCUGGUUGACAAAAGUGUCGCCAGUCCGGUAUAGAGUGGUGCCGCAAUCACCACAGAAGUGAGAGGUGAUUUUCUUGCCGGAGUCGGCUGUUUUGGUGAUGGUUUUGGGUUUGCCUGGGCGUAUUAGGUUUGGACACGGGAUAGUGGUUGUUAAGAGAGGGGAGGGCGGGAAAAGGGAAAAUGUGAAUGGAGAAAGGGAAAAGGAGGAAAGACGGACCCGAUUCAAGCUUGAAUUGCCCCUCUGGUAGCACGAGAUUGUUACUAUACGUUGCGCCACUAAUUUUUUGACAAUCCUUGCAAUGGCAUAGAACAUGAGCAUCUGGUUCGCCCAUGUAGCUUAUGCGAAUCUUUAAGGACAAAGGUCAGCACACAUACGGGGAGAGGGAUGAGCGCGUGUAAUAUAGAUAGAUAUUGUAAUUUUAUAUACGACAUAAUAUA